GUCCGAGCUACGAGGACGACGAUGACAGCGACAUGCGCCGCCGGUGGUGAUAAAAAUCGAGUUUGAAGGUUCGUUUCUUUGUUUAUUCUGUGAUUUCUACCGUGUUCAAAUAUGAUUUUAGGGUUUCAAGUUUCUAAUCCCUAUUUUAUUUUCUUUUUAUUUCCGGAAAAAGCAAACCCAGGGCCGAGAUGGGCCUCGAUCUAACUUCCCCUUCUUCGAUCUACUCUCUUUCGUAGAAACGACGAGGAUGAUGAAGAGACCGGGUUAAGAUUUUGUUUGCAUGUCGGAUUUUGGUGGAUUUUAGAUUCAAAAUUAGGAUUUUGAUAUUUUAUUUUUGUUUUUAUUUGUGAGAGGGUUUUGGUCGAGGAGAAGGUGGCUUCGGGCGGCGAGUUGCCGGCGGCGACAGGCCGACGACGACACAGGUAGGUUUUUUUUAUUUUGUUAUAUAUUUGUUAUUUUGAUUUAAUAUCCCUUCAAUUGACUCUGACUUCUAUUCUUGUAUUGAUGCAGGUAAAAAAUUAGAUCUAGGUAGGUCUCCUAUAACUCUCUUAAUUUUGGAUUUUAUGAGAUAUAAAACUGAAGCUGGAUUACACUACAAUAAGGUCGUGAGUGAGUUUGACUAUAUGGAAUUUUGGUUUUUUAUUUGUUUGUGGAUGGUUGCGGAUGUGAAUUUUGGUGGUGCCGGAAAUUGCUAAAAAAAGUAACGAAAAUGGGCUACCGCUUGGAAUUUUGAUAUAUUACAAAUUGCCAAAAAUUAUUUUUCUGUGAUGGAGAUGUAAUUAACAUCCUCUAAAUUGCUUAUCUUAGCGAUUAUAAGUCACUGCCACUUUUAGUGAUUUUGCUAGACUAUAGACUAAAUUACUGUUAUUGCUUGAUUAUAUCAAAUUUUGGACUCUAAAUCACUGCUACUGCUUGUGAUUUAUUGAGAUUAUGAUUUUUGGUUGGUAAACCAGUAAGGGUUUGUUAAUCUGAAAUUUUAUUGUGUUUAUUGUUGUCUAGAUCUGGAUUUUGAUUUAGUUUGUUUAUGUAUGAUGAUCUAGUGUUUAUCAACUACAUGCUCAAUGAUGGUAUAAAAGCAUGGCAGAAAAUUAAAAUAGACUAUCAAUUGGUAAUCAAAGUAAAUACAUGCUCAACUGAGAGAAGCUUAAUCCUGGAAUGGACUUACUAUGAGCAGAUUUUAUUUUAAGUAAAUAGAGUGCUUGAACACAAAGGCCUUUGUAUAGUAAAUCGCAUGAACAUAAAUAGGCAAACUUAUGGAUGAUUAUGAAGAUACAAUGAUGUAGAAACUAUGCCAAAUGACAUGAACUUUACCAAGAACCAUGGAAACAGAAUUAAAAGAACCAACCUUAUUAAGACUUUGGCUCCAAUAACGCCUAUUUGAUGCUGCUCUGAUCCAAUUCUUGAACUCAGCUUCGUAUUGUAAAGAAGAGUUGUUUUUAGAAUCUGUCUUUUUUCUUCCCCCUCCCCUCAACAAAGAGCCCCAAGAGCUCAUUUAUAGCAAACCAAACCGCCACUUGUCACUAUUUGAUUCGUCCAAUUUUUUAAUAUGACUUUGAAGAGUGUUCCUGGUCGGUUGUGGAUAGGAUUUGGUUAGACCGAUUUGGUUAAGGUCGGUUUAUUGGGCUGGUCUCUGGAUCGAACCAGUUGGCCAAGUUGGGCCUGUCGGGUUUGGGCCGAGUUGGCUUUCGUUUGAGCUUGGAAUGGGCUGGGAUGGUCUCUUCUCAUUUUUCAGGUAAAUGGGCUUGGUUGACUGAGAAAGCUGGGCUAGUGGACCAGAUUCACCUCAAAGCUCAAAUAUUCCUCUCUUUGUAAUUUAUAUGUACAAAUCCAAUUGCGUGGCCCAAAUUUUGUAGAGCUAGUAUUAGUCAUUGUAAUUAAUUCUAAUUCUUGUUUUAUUUAAAGGUCAUUACCCAAGUUGUAUGAUGUAUCAACUUUGAAUCGUUGAUAAUAAAGCCCAUUUUACUAUUCAAUUUGUCCCAUUUCAGAUACCGAAUCCAAAUCAAAACUCGUGAGACAAAAUUUUGCAAUAUAGUCACUUCUUCCAUUCAAUUGAGAAUUUAUAUUUAAGAUUCGCCACUGCUAAUCUUAUCUUAAAUCGAUCCUAUCGUAACUAAUUAACUAAUUAUGCCCUAUGCCCUAUAAUCGACUAGGAGCAAAUUUGAUAAUUGUUGAUUCAUAUUGACUUGCAACUGCUAGUCUCAACUAAAAUAUCUUCAAUUUCCUUUUUAAAUAUAAUCGUAGUACGACGUUACAAUAAUUAUUUUCAAUAAAACGAUUCCCGGACAAAAUGUGGUGUCUACAAACACGAUUGUUUUAUUUUCAUAUGUGUGAUGUUUGAUUUCCUCUUUUAUUUGUCGAUUCGAAUGAGAGUUUAAGACAAGCUUGCACUACUUCGAGGUGCAAGGAUCGAAAUCCAAGUCAUUUAGAAUGGGAAUAGAAAUAAUAAUCCUACUCAAUCAUCCUUCAUUCGAUCGUACGACGUGACACCUCAAGGGAGAAAUCCGAAGGGUCCUUGUCGCCCAUUAGUUCUGGUAAAUGUUUCGACGCAAGGUGUGAUCUAACAAAAUAAUAAAUCAGCAGGUGGUGUCAUAUUUUGCCCACGAACCAUGUCAAGUUCAUAUCUCCCAACCCAACAUGGACAAAACAAACCUGACCUGAUAAGCGACCCUCAAUUGAUUUGUGCCUCUUUCUCAUCUCUUCCUCUUCAUAACAUUGAUGCAUAACUUCAUAGCACCAGCAUCCUUGACCUUCUUUCGAUAAAGAGGAAAUGUAUCAACCAAUGAGUCACCUUUGUCGAAUGAUAACAAUCAAUGAAUAUGGUUGUUUAUUGAGAGUACUUUAAGUGAUUAUUAGUUCCAUUUGUUUUCUUCUUCUAUACUUUUUUUCCCAAUGUGGUAAUAAAAAGUAGAAAAAUGGUCUUUAUUUAUUUUGAUGGUGUGAUUUGAUCUUAACUUGAUUUAAUAAAUCCAAUAAGUUCAUAAAUCCCGACUAAACCGUAUCUCAAUUGAACUCAACCCGAAACCCACCCUAUUGACAUCUUUAGCUUUCAUAUCCAUGCUUGGGAAAGACAAAUAAGACAAGCACAAUCACCCCCAAAUACUAUCUUUUCUUUGUCCCUCCUUUCCAUCUCUGGCUACAAGCCUAGAAUUGAUUGCCGACUUUAGCUUGAUGAAGGUUCCCUCUGUGCUACCUUCUCGAGUGAGUAUCAGACAACAAACAGGAGCAGGCCAGCAGGAUAACAAAUCCAAAGAAACACGUUUGUGUCUCUUUUUUAAGGAAUACCAAAGUAUACAAACACGAAUGCCACAGUUUUGUCCCCUUUUUUCCUUAAUUUCGUUGAAAUUUUAGUCAUCCAAACUAUAUAUAUACACAUCCAAAUUAACAUCCUCAAGCACUGAACCAUCAUCACAAUAAGCUAGCAAUAAGAAUGGCGGACAUACUCAUCAUCCUGAUUAUUUCAACUAAUGUCUUCCUCCUCUCCUUAUUUCCACAGCCAGCGGCGGCGGCAAGACUACACUACUCGUCGUCACCCAAUUCUUCCUUCUUGCCUUCCAACGUCACGGCGGAGGUCCAGGGCAAACACGCCACCCUAACACUCAACGGCUUCCAGAGAGGCGAAGACGGCGGCGGCGCAUCCGAGUGCGACGGCCACUACCACAGCGACGACAGGAAGGUGGUGGCGCUGUCCUCCAACUGGUACCAGAACGGGAAGCUGUGCCACGAGUGCAUCGAGAUUACGGCCGACGAAACCGGCGAGACCGCGACGGCCACCGUCGUCGACGAGUGCGACACGUCCGGCGGGUGUAAGCACGACAUCGUGGACGGGUCGAGGGCCGUGUGGAAGGCCCUGGGGUUCCACCAGGGCAAGGGCGAGUACGGCGAGACGUCGGUUACUUGGAAGAUGUGCUAAGUAACAGCGACGACGACGCGACGAAUAAAAGGGCUUGAUCUAAUGAUGAUACCAAAGUAUUGGUUUUGACGGAUCGGAAUAAGUUAUCUAUCUAUGUGACUUUUUUUGUGUUGUUUUCUAUCUUAUAAUUUUGUCGCUUUUUAUAUGGAGUGGUAAUGACAGCACUAUAAUUUUGACAGCACUAUAUUUUUGAAGUAUAAUAUUGGGCCAAUUAGCUCAAUCGAUUCUGUCUAAAUCUUAGGCGGAGGAAAAUGAGUGGCCAAAAGAAAGAAAGGGACAGAGAAAAUUAUAAGUGAUCUUUUACUACAGCAGCUGCUCUCUGUCUGCUUUCUUUUUUUCAUAACUUUCAUCUUGUUUGGUUUGGAUAAAAAUAUUAGUGGGAGAAUUAUAUUAGUGCGAUGAUAAUUAUAAUAAAAACUUCCUUUGGCAUCUAACAUAUAAUUUUGUUCUGCUAUAUACAUGUUUCAGUAUACCAUCAUUGAACACUCUAUUUAUUAAUUCCAUACCUGAAAGGAAAAAUAUUUAACAUGUAAAAUCAUCUAAUUGUCAAAACAAUGAACCGGUUUGAUCUUCAAACAACCAAGGAAAAGGGAUGGGAUUUUGGUGCAUAACCUCCUUUAAUUACAGCUUGCAUGGAUCUCAGGAGCUAUAGUUAAGAAUCUUUUCAAUUUUUUGCAAAUUCAGCUGGCUAUAUCUUUUCAUUUCUACUCUAAUUUUUUAAAAAUUUGUAUUAGAAAAGCCAUAAUAGUUGAAACUUGCCGAAGAAAAUUUGAAGACUAUGACGAGUAAUUCUAUAAGCAUUAUACAACAACAUCAAAGACAAUAGUAGUUAGGUAACAAUCUACUUCUAAUCUUCUAUUGUUUUUUUCACUUCAAGUUCAUUCAUUCGAGAGAGAAAUUAGUGGGAAUUUCGACUAAAUAAUGAUCUCAAUUGUUGUUAUUCUAUAGAUUCAGAAUUCAGCUUCGAGUUGCAUACAACAUUGUUAAUCUAACUUUAUAGUUCUAUAUCGCAAGAGAGCUAGGUUUUCUUGGAAUACCUACUGAGAAACUACUCAACGUUAGUGGCAAAAAUGAAAGAAUAUACACCUCUUCAUCCCCUGCUGGGUAAAUUUAAGUUCUUGAAAAUAGGGUUUCACAAUUUCAAAUAUUUUUCCAUUAAAUUUUGCAUUCCGUGAAAAUGUAGGAGAAGAAGGAAGACUAAGCUAAUAGUGGAGGUAGUGCAUUUGUGAUGGAAAUAAUUAUGUUAUUGAAAUAAAGGAAGAGAUUGUUGAUGGUGGAUAUAGAAAUUUCAAUGAUGGAGAAAAGAACGAAAUGUUGAAAUUAUUUAUGAUUUGGAUGAGGUGAAUUCUACCACGGCAAAAAUGUUGUUUCACAUUUCCAAACAUUUUACCAUUAAAAUUUGGUUUAAGUAGAAUGUAGAGAGAAAAAAAAAAGGAAGAUACUAUUGAUGAUUAAUAUAAAGGUUUUGUUAAUAACGAAGAAGUUGGAGAAGAUGUUUUUUAUGGCGGAGCAAUUGUAAAGAAAUCCAAAGGAAAUGUGUAGUAAUUUCUAACAGCGAAGAGUAAAUUGAAGUGUGACUAUUAAGUUUUUUAGGAAUCGGUUCCCUAUAUGAGUUGUAUUGUUUACUUUUGAUAAGGUCUUUGUCCAUGGAUGAUCAAGAUGCAAAACUUAAUAUAUAUGUUGCUUUUUAAUAUUGUAGUAAUUGAAUAAUUUGGAUUUCUCCCUGAUACAAAAUAUAAUAGAACUUAAUUCGGGUAAAUUACCAGGCCAAUUAGCGAGCCCAAAUCUAGUAUUUGCUUAUAAAAGAUCCUAUAGAGA